CGCUUCAAAGGGCGGCGCGGGAUAUGGGCAGGUAUUUACUACGAACUCAGAAAACUGCCAGAGGACACGUACUACAAUGGCGGAAGCAUCUUUAGAGACUGGCAAUCCUUUGAUCCUGGCUUUGGUGUUGUCAGGUGUUAGCAAUAUGUAUCACGUUUGUAUUUCUGGCAGGAGGCAGGAAACGUAGUUUGUCCAAAACAAUGCUGCAGGACACGGUGGUCAUUUACGGAGUUGGAAGGGGCCUUCAUGUUCCUUCCGCCUCUCCCUUUCCUCUGAAAUUGGAAACAUUCUGUCGAUUGGCGCAGAUACCUUAUAGGGUGGACCACAGUGCCCAGAUGUCCAGCAAAGGCAAGACACCGUGGAUGAUGUAUAACGGACGAGCUGUGGCCGACUCGCAGUUCUGCAUAGAACACCUCAAAGCGGAGCGUGACCUGGAUCUCGACCUUGACCUUAGCCCCACACUUCGAGCGCAGGCACGUGCUUUCCGGGCGCUGAUCGAAGAGAACCUGUACUGGACCAUGUGUUACGAACUGUUUAUACUCAACCCCAAACGUCUGGACGAGGUGUUGCCCUACCGAGGGCCGAAGAUGUGGCUGCUUAAGUUCUUCCUAAGCCGCGUCCUGAGGAAGGAGCUCUGGAACCAGGGUAUAGGGCGGCACUCUGAUGAGGAAAUCUGGGAUAUCGGUCGACGAGAUCUGAACGCCAUUUCUGAUUUUCUAGCCGAAAAGAAGUUCUUCCUUGGCGACACCCCGACUGAGGUGGACUGUACUGUGUUCGGCAUGAUGACUCAGGUGCUGUUUCACAUGCCCGGAUGUCGUCAUCAGACCCACGUGAGACAAAACCUGCCCAACAUUGUGGCGUACGUCGAGCGCAUGAAGACGAGGGUCUGGCCCGACUGGGAGGAGCGGUGUAAGGGAAGCAACUACGUCGACGACAGCAACAUGCUGUUUCCAGCGCAGAAGUUUUGACCAAGCAUUUGAUUAAAAAUCCCCUCCCCAUCCCUUCUCCCUCCACUAACAUCAUUCCUUCUCAUCCACUGGUGCAGUUGCUAUAUGACAUAUUUAGUUAGAAAAUGUGAGCUUGCCAGCUCUGUGGAAUGUAGGAUUUAUUUACUUUGCAGCGUGCUUGCCUCCCCUGGAGAUUGGUUUCAUCAGUAACAAGCUUUAUUUGUUUUUGUGAUCGUGGUGUUUGUGUAGUGAGGUCAGGGUAACUUGCAUGGUGAGUGACUGUUUGUUUUCUCAUCGUUUAGACCUCGAUUGAGGAAUGUGUGUCAUAUGACAGGACGAAGCCACUAACUCUCAGUUAUUCCUCAUUCGUGUAAAGGUGCGAGCGGUCCGGUGGCGCAAUGUUGUCUCCUGUCACCAAUACAGUGAAGGUUGGCUGUCCUGAGUUCAGUUCUCGGCUCGGGCACGCUGUUCUUUCUUUGCAUAUGGCAUCUUUUUACAGGGCUGGCUGCCUUGCCGUGAUAUAGUCUUAGUUGCUGGCUCGGUGUAAAACCCCAAUUCCUUCCUCUUCCCUGUGACAACCUGACCCAAGUAUACUUCUGAGGAAGUUGUGGAACAUUCCUUUUAAUCCCAUUGACCAACACUUAACAUUCUUUACUCUCAGGGGAUCUCAGGUGCUUUCAAAGGGCAUUACCGGAAUUUCUUGUUUAUCGUGUGUGAUGCUAAAGAAACAAAAAAUUACUGGUAGCAAUAAUGACAUUAAUUUCUAUAUUUACUCGAUUUUUCUAAUCUUCUAAAGUCAUAAACUUCAAAUUAAUCUCGUAUUUCCGGAGAAUACUAAUCCCUAGAAUACCCAGGAUUUACAAUUUUUCUUGGAGAGGCUUCGUUGCUUUCUGUGCGAGAUUAGUCGCCUGCAUUUGAAAAAUCCAUCCCAGUCACGUCUGAAAAAUCUUCCAUCGAUUCGGUGUCAGAAUACGAGACUUGCAGGCGCCCAUUGUAGCCUUCCACCCCUAGUCACCAUGUUCUAUUCAUUUAUUCAUUUUCCUUUUUGUCUUAAAGCCUUCAUGGCAAUUGAAUUUUUUUUUUAAUUUGAAAGAAGACUAAUUUAACGCCAGUUGGCUGAACAGUUUGAUGUUUCUUGCCCUGCUGUUGAUACGGUAAUUACACGUAGGAUGUACAAAAACAUUGUUCUCUUGCUUGCUUGUUUAUAUAUUUUUUUCUGUCAAAAUUUAAAGUUAGGUUUACUUAGAGACUGAGAUCUUUACUGGCUUGUAAAACUUGUUGAACUUGGAAUGAUUCUAAAUGAUAAUAACUGAUAGUUUGCAACCAUGUUGUCAUUGUAACAUUUAAUCAUCGGUUGUCAAUGUAGCCAUCUGACAGUUUGAGCGGUAAUGUACUUACACUAUAAUAUACUAUGUAGUUAUAUAGAAAUACCGCGUAUGUUCGUGCAGUCCUGUUUAUCAACCCGUCCUUGCCUCGUUAGAAAUGCUGACAUAUCAAGAGGGCCAUGGUAUAUACUAUGUUAAUUUUAUAUACAUUGUUUUUUUGAUCCCGACGUUCGUUGGACUAAAACCGAUCAUUCUUCUCAGUUGAAAAAUAUAUUUUUGCACUCAACACUCUUGUUAGUUUUUCCCGCAAUUUGCAUUAAAGUAAGUUUGAAAAAUUGA